AUGUUGUAUACCCCGCGUAACCCAUUUACCGAGCAGAUUUUUACCUACCCAGCUGGCGCUAAUACACUGACCGAUAUUAGCAAGUCCAAUUUCAAUAGCUCACUGCCCACCAAGAUCAUCAUCAAUGGCUAUUUGGACGACCCCGAUAAAAGCAUCUGGACCAAAACAAUGCGCGACGAGUUUUUGCAUGUUUCAAAUUGUAAUGUGAUUUUUGUUGACUGGAGUGCCGGCAAUGGUGGAAAUUAUGAUCAGAAUCUGAAGGGUUUAUCAUUAGGUAAAGUACAUAUCAUUGGACAUUCUCUCGGAGCGCAUACAUCCGGAUUCGUUGGCCACGCAUUUAAUGGCCAAAUUGGCCGGAUAACUGGCCUUGAUCCUGCUGGUUUCCAGGGUGGUCUCACAUGCAAUCAUUUCAGGGCCAUUGACUUUUACGCGGCCAGUAUUAACCCCAAUAACCCUAAGGGUGUGGCCCAUCAGUGCCCUGACUAUAGCGCAUAUAUGGCCGGCGAAUGCGACACUGAUUGCGCGGAUAGUGUGGCCAACUGUGCGAUUAUCGGCGAACAGGCCGUACUGUCCAAACCUUAUGAGAGCAGUACUGUUGGCAAACGUUACUAUCUGUCCACUAACCCCAGCUAUCCGUACUUUCAGGGUUAA